UAUAGUAUGUCAAAAAAAGUCAAAGUAUAGUAUGUAGAAAAAAGUCAUACAAAGUCACAAUAUGGUAUGUUAAAAAAGUCAUAGUAUUAAGUGUCAAAUAAGACGUUUUGAAGCGCAGCUCUGUACAGUCAAUGAUUACCUGGGUGUCUGCAUAGAUCCUAAACUCAUGUGGAAGAUGAGCUCUAAUUUUUCAAGUGUCAUCAAUGUUCACACAGAUCUGAGCGGGCAGUAGAGGAAGUUGGCCCAUUUUAUAAUUAUUCUGCUGACUGUUGGGUCUGGCUGCAACCAGUUGACAGGAGAUCAUAAACAGGAAAAACUCAUCUAUGGGGACAAGUUUCUGUUCUGGAAAAAAAGCAUGAUUAAUAUUUCACAAUAAACGCCCCGGAAUCUUCAGAGCAAACCGUUGUAGUUCUAGUGGUUUUUAAUUUUUAACUGCAGAGGAACGUCAUCUGCUUAGUAAAUAAAAAAAUAAGUAACACAUGAAAACCCUGGUCACCAAUUGUGUCAUCUUGAAAGGUACUAUGGUACUAUGCACAGACAGAUUUAUAUUGGGAUCAAGAACAACAGCACUUAAUGCUGCGUGAUAUAUUUUAAUAACACUAUUUUAUUUAAGAUGCAGAGAAAUUCACAUUUUAAAAACAUUGAACAAUAUUAGAAUUUGGUUACAGAGUACAUACCCAAUUAUGCAAGGAAGCUCACAAAUCUGUAAAAUGUAUACUGCUGACUUGUUUCCUCACAACAGAUACGUAAGAGGUAACUUCACAACACCCUCUUCUUCCUUCCCCUCUCGUCCUCAACACUACUCCACUCCAACAACAACUUCUAGCGGCAGGACGCCGUAACCAGGCCACAACAUCUACAUGCAAAUCCAGAACAAUAUAAUCUGAACACAACACACAUCAGAAGCAAAAAGUUGACCCACGGCUUGUUACUAAUAAGAGGUUUUGCCUAUUAAUGUGACAGCAUCCAUAGUAUAAGCUCCUCAAAGUACUAUAGAUCAUGAUUGCAAAGUUUUUAACUACAUAAAAGUGGGGGCAUAAAAAUUACAGUAAAAGUGUAACAAAUGUACAACAUAUUGAAUGUUUUACUGUUUGACUUUAUGAAAUAAUAUAAUUUGCUCUGUUAAGUUUAACUAUCAAACAUUUGAAACAAAUUUCGUAAAAGACUAAUGAUGAGGCUGAUAUUGAAUUGUCACUGGGAUACGUCCAUGAACAGGAAUCUGACAGCACAGAAGCUGUAGGCUACACAUUAAUCUUUCAAGAGUUACACAUCAAAAGCUCAUGUGAGGACAGCUAGCCAGCCUGUGGUAGGAGAGUAACUGUAUUACUUAAAGACGAGACCUUUUCCCAUGCAGCAGCAGGUAUUGGCACAGGAUGGAGUGGAGCAUUGUAAGUCACAACUGACUUAUCGUUUUGUCUAUAUGUAGUACAGUCCUUAAUCAGCAUUUCCACCUGUGUGUCCAUUUUUGGCCACCAGUACUGUUCUUUUAGGCGUUGUUUUGUGCAGACAAUACCCUGAUGGGUCUCAUGAGCACUGUCUAUGAAUAAGGCAGUAAAAACCCCUGACAAUACAGUCGUCGACAAAUGUCAGUACGUCGCAUAUGAAAUGAUAUGGCUGUAGGUCAGGAUCAACAACCUUCUUGUUUUGUUCCAAUGAUUCUGUUGCUAGCAGAGCAUUUACGUGGGACGUAAGGGUCCAGAAAUUCACCCGCAUCAUUCUGCAUGUUUACAGGUUGAACAGGUUGAAUUUGAACAUUUGAAACAAAUUUCUAUUGAAAUUUUGAAUUGUUGUAAACGAUCAACGAUGAAGACUGGUUUCAAAUUGCCACUGGAAAACGUCCAGGAAUCUGACAGCACUGACUGCGAUGCAUAGGUAAGAUUUAUGCGACUGAUUAAUUUUUCAAGAGUUGCACAAUAAAAGCUUUUGAGGACAGCCAGCCAGCCUGUGGGAGGGAAGGGUGGUAACGGCUACUUAAGAGUGAACUCAACUCUGUCCUUACACUCCACAUUUUCAAGGUAAGUGUUGAAUGCUUACAAUGAAUGAUUAAUGCAUAUAUAUAUAUAUAUAUAUAUAUAUAUAUUUAUUUUGUUUUGAUUUCCUAUGUGUAAAACAUUGCAGGAAUCAGUCAUGGCUGCAGAAGCACAUCAGACUUGUUAUGAGGGCAGUAUCGUCCAAAACUUUCUGUUCUACCUGGAACAAUCAGGAGACCACAAGAUCAUUCUCCAGUUUCUUCACAACAUCCUGCCAGGACAAUUUAAAAGAAUUGGAGCUGGAAGAGGCAGCCUGGAUGUUCUUGGUGUUGGAAGUGGUGGAGGUAAUAUGGAUGUCGAGCUGCUCACUCUACUGCAGUCUACAUUACCUGCCAUCCCGAUCACUGCUGACAUCGUGGAGGGCAGCUCUGAGCUCACAGACAUCUUCAAAGCUCUGGUAGUAAAGACCACCAACCUUCAGACGAUCCCAUUUGCUUGGCAUUUCAUGAAGAGUGAGGACUAUGAGAUGGAAGUCAAAGCAAAAGGAGACAUGAAGAGAUUUGACUUCAUACACAUGGUUCAUAUGAUCUAUUUCUUGGAUAACCUCGACGACUCCAUCAAGUUCUACCACAGCCUUCUGAAGAAAAAUGGCAUGCUUAUGAUCAUCGUUCAAGCAGAUGGCACUGGCUGGGACAUCCUGUGGAAGACUUACAAGAAGGAGCUCUGCAUCAAUGGCAUCGAAGUGUCCCGCUCAUCAGGAGAGGUUAUUUCCUGCCUGAAGAGCCAGGGUCUGAAAUAUGAGGAGCACGCCAUUUCCAACACCUUCGACAUCUCUGAGUGCUUCAAUCCAAGCAGCCAGACUGGAGAACGUCUGCUCAAUUUCUUUACAGCGAAAGAUCACUUCUACCAGUCCUUCACCCCAGAGAUCAGAGCAGGCAUGUUAGAGCUUCUCAGAAACAAGAGCAGCACUAAAAAAGAUGGCAGGGUAUUCUUCAGUUGUGGUGUGAACUGCAUAUUUGUUUAUGCGUGAGUAUGUUCUAUUGAAAAAGGUUCAUAUAUGUUGAUUUUUCUUCUUGCAUUCACUUUACCCUGAAUAGGCCUGCAGUUUAACACAUAGUACAUACAUAAACAAACACAUUCAUACAAACCAGCGAUGUAGAGUCACCAUGUCACCUAACCUGCAUGUGCAUCUUGUUUGUUUUUUGAAUAACACAUUUAGAAGAGUAUGUAGCCUUGGUGGAGGUACAGUAUGUGACUUUUAGUGAUUUGUGGUUUGCAGGACCAAAUCAUGUUUUUACUUGUAGUUUGAUAAGGCUAUAAUCUGAUUCAAAGUGGUUAAACAGGUUGCUCUGUGAUGACUCAUGUUAUAUGCUAGGUCAUGAUGUGUUUCUAUGUAAACAUUUCCUUAGCACACUAUAGCAUGAUAUAUGCACAAGCGCUUAUAGAUACUUUUCAUGGAGGAGAAGAAUAAUGAUAACACCAGAACACUUGCUUAGAUUACUUAGAACAUAGAGUUGACGCUCUGAGAAAAUAACAAACCAAAUCAAAUAAAACCUUUGUUCAUCUACCUGA